AAGCAGCGGCAUUUCAUGAAACAAACACGAGAGAGGGAGGACCAUUCCACGUGUCCAUGCACCACCCCUCCUCCCACCCAAUAAAUUAUAAAUCCAUCCCCCUCCCUCCUCCUGGCGUACCUACCUUCACAAUAAUUCUCUCUCUCUCUCUCCCUCCCUCCUUCCCUCUCUACCACUUCUCAGUUCUCACUCACACGUAAAAUGAGCUGGUGGUGGGCUGGAGCUAUCGGCGCUGCGAAGAAAAAAUUCGAAGAAGACGAUGCACCACAAAAGUACCAAAGCGUGGCCCUAAUCAUCGGCGUCACCGGCAUCGUUGGAAACAGCCUCGCCGAGAUCCUCCCACUCGCAGACACCCCCGGCGGCCCAUGGAAGGUCUAUGGCGUCGCUCGCCGGCCAAGGCCCUCCUGGAACGCAGACCACCCAGUCGAAUACAUCCAAUGCGAUAUCUCAGACCCAGAAGACACCCAAUCGAAGCUCUCAAAUCUCAACGAUGUUACCCAUGUUUUCUACGUCACAUGGGCUAGUAGAUCCACCGAAGCCGAAAAUUGUGAAAUCAAUGGAAAAUUGUUUAGAAAUGUUCUCCAAUCAAUCAUACCCAGUGCCCCAAAUUUGCAGCAUAUCUGUCUUCAAACCGGAAGAAAACACUACUUGGGCCCUUUUGAAUUGUACGGGAAAAUUGCCCAUGAUCCUCCGUUUCACGAGGAUUUACCUAGGCUUGAUGCUCCAAAUUUUUACUACACGCUUGAGGAUAUUUUGUUUGAGGAGGUGGAAAAGAAGGAAGGACUAACAUGGUCUGUUCAUAGGCCAGGAACGAUAUUUGGGUUUUCGCCAUAUAGUUUGAUGAAUAUUGUUGGGACCCUUUGUGUUUAUGCUGCUAUAUGUAAGCAUCAGGGUGUUCCUCUGAGGUUUCCCGGUUGUAAGGCGGCGUGGGAUGACUAUUCGGAUUGCUCAGACGCAGACUUGAUCGCCGAGCAUGAGAUAUGGGCAGCGGUUGAUCCCUAUGCGAAGAAUGAGGCCUUUAAUAUUAGCAAUGGAGAUGUGUUCAAGUGGAAGCAUUUUUGGAAGGUGUUGGCUGAGCAGUUUGAGGUGGAAUGUGCUGAAUUUGAGGAGGGAGAGAAAUUGAGUUUGGUGGAGAUGAUGAAGGGUAAGGAGUCAGUGUGGGAAGAGAUUGUGAGAGAGAAGGGUUUGUUGCCUACAAAAUUGGAAGAUGUUGGAGUUUGGUGGUUUGUUGAUAUGAUGCUUGGUGGUGGGUGCAUGUUGGAUACUAUGAACAAGAGUAAGGAGCAUGGAUUUGUGGGGUUCAGGAACACAAAAAACGCAUUCAUUUCUUGGAUAGAUAAGGUCAAAGCUUACAAAAUUGUCCCAUAGUUCGAUAUCUUUCUGGGUGGUCUUGGGGUGAGUUAAUAUCUUGAAUAAGUUUGUUCUCUUCAUUAUGUUGUGUCCUUAAAAGAAAGGGAAUAAUUUUGGAAGGAAGCUUUGGCUUUCUGAAUCACUGUAUUUUUUGGCUUUUGCUGUUUCCUGUAAUGGUCGAAUUAGAUUAUGAGCAUUACCAUUGAUUGGUGUCUUGUUUGUUCAUCUGUUGGUUUUGAGGUCCGUUGAGGUCCAAAUUUACUUCAUUUCCUAAUUGUGAUGUGAAGUAUAUAUCAUUGCACCUUAAUUGAUCUCAUGUGCAAAUAGAUUUCAAGAUUUGAACCGGGGAAGCAUAGAUCUAAGUGAAGAAGGCAACAUAGUGUUGUGCAAUAUAUGGGCAUUAGAACCAAAGGUAUUAGCUAAGCUAUGAAUUGUAAAG